AUGCCUGAUUCUUAUUCUGAUAUCGAGAUACGGAUCGUACAGGCCUGUACAAUCGCCCAAGGCCAAAAAAAGCCCAAUAUCUCUGCGCUAGCGCGUCAAUUUAAUGUUCCUUACCAACGACUCCGGGCGCGUAUUCAUGGCCGAGCAAAUCUUUCCUCACGUCCUAUCUCAACCAAGACACUUGAUGAUUCACAAGAAAAGGCACUAAUUCGUUGGAUUCGUCAGCUUGAUAAUCUAUAUAGUCCACCUACGGCCGGAAUGAUUGAGCAGAGUGCCAACCAAAUACUGCAGCGGAAUAUAACCGACGGGCAAUCUCGUACAGUUGACAAGAACUGGGUUUAUCGCUUUAUUAAACGUCUUCCUGAGGAGUUUAAGCUCAUUCAGCAGAAGCCGAAAGAUAAGAAGCGUCUUGAUGCAGAAGAUAUAGGUGUUCUCCAACACUGGUACGACUGCUUAGAGGCCUUUAUCAAGAAUAUACCUCCCAAAAAUAUAUACAAUUUCGAUGAAACUGGCUUUCAACUUAGACAGGGAAAGACUCAAAAAGUUGUAACUACUAUGCCUCUACGAGCUGCAAGAGGAAAUCCCUCUAAAGAAGUAGGGGAACUGAUCUCUGCAAUAGAGUGUAUUGCAGCGGACGGUUUUACUCUUCCUCCAUACUUUAUAUUCAAAGGAACAUAUCAUCUUGAGCGGUGGUACGAUGCAGAUAUUCCAGAGGAAUAUCGAAUAUCUCUAUCUCCAAAAGGCUAUACUACAGAUAAGAUUAGUUUUGACUGGAUUCAGCACUUCCACCGUCAUACAAAACACCGUAUCUCUACAAAAAAAGAGGUUCGAUUACUAUUUUUCGAUGGCCACGAGUCCCAUCUUACCUAUGAAUUUCUUCAAUUCUGUGGACUACACUAUAUUAUACCAUAUUGCUUUCCUCCUCAUACAACACAUCUUGUACAGCCUCUUGAUGGACAACCUUUUCAAGUCUAUAAGCACUUUUAUCGCAAGAGAAACAAUGAGCUCGCUCAAAGAGGUGCUGAGAUGGACGAUAAGAGUGAUUUUUUAAAAGAGAUCCAUUCUAUUCGUACGAUGACCUUCAAACAACGUACAAUCCGGGAUGCCUUUGAAAAGCGAGGUCUAUAUCCCUUAGAUUCAGAAAAGGUGAUGAAAUCUCUACGUGAGGCUUUGGAAACUGCUCCAGAACUUGAGAUAAUUACAACACCAUCACCACCACCAUCAAGCUCAUCGCCACCAUCUACAAUACGAGGUCUUCGUCGAAGUAUUAGUAAAGCGCAGAGCUUUAUUAAUAAUAGCCCGGAGCUUGAUCAAAGCUUUGUACGACGCCUUGACCGUGUAUUCCAAAGCUCGCUUGAAACUACUGAAUUAGCCGCUCAGCUCAAGGAUGAUCUACAGCAGCAUCUUCGAUACCGGAAGCCUCAGGAUAGACGGAAAUCACAGAAAAGGGUUAAAUACCACGGGCCACUAACUGUAUAUGAUGCAAAACGCCGAAUUGCGGAUCGUACUGAGGUGGAAAGACUACAGGGUCUUAGGCAAAUUAGAAAGACGGGAGCUUUGGAAUACGAUAAACCACCACAACCGACAAAUACAGGGGAUCUGCCUAGUACAGAAGCUGGCCAGGUGGAUAGGGAAGGCCCUAGAUUACCUUAUUGGAUAGAUACUCAAGGCGAUGUUGUAUAG